AUGCAGAGGUGUACUAGUUUUCUGUUUGUCUGCUUAAUCUUCUGUGCUGCCCUCUCAGAGACAUUCGGGCUGGUUUUAUCAGCUAAAGAGAAAAGGGGAUGGACUGUGAAUAGUGCUGGUUAUCUGCUCGGCCCACGUCGUAUUGAACAGCUCCUCAAGGAAAUACCCAGUGCAAGGGGGAAAGAAGAGCCACCUGGGGAAUAUGCGAUAGACAGAGUUUUUAAUGACAAGCAUGGUCUAGCUGGUAAACGUGACAUACAACCUGAAGAAAAUACAAAAGCUGGUACUUUUGGAAGACCAAUGACUGACAAUAUUAUGCGUGCAGUAAUUGAAUUUUUGACCUACUUACGUCUUAAAGAAGCCGGCGCUCUUGAUAACAUGUCUACUACAGUUUCUUCAGAAGAAAUGGAUCAAUCUUGA